AUGGAUGUUUCUAUUCAAAUUCGCAAUUAUAUUAUUGAAAAUAAUUUACUAACAGUUCCUCAACUUUAUGAAAAUAUCAAAAAUGAAAAAUUGAUGGAUUUUUACAUAUCACACGGCAUCAAAUUUAUUAUUGCAGACAAUCAAUUGGAAUCAGCUCGAUUAUACUUGGAAAAUAAUUCCAGUUUCAAGCUUCUUUAUCAAGAUCAAUAUAUGCUAGCAUUUGUAACUCCUUUAUUAUUUUUACUUUCAAAUAAGUAUUUAAAAAUGAAUGGAACUCAAGAUGUUAAAACAAUUUUAAUGGAUAAAGAUCACGAACAUCUUACAGCUGCAAGUAGAAUUUGGACUGAAGCUAAGAUUCAGUUAUAUUAUUGGCAUGUAAUUUGUCCAAUUAAAAAAAAACUUACAAGCACUGGAAUUACGCACAAUUAUUAUGAUUCUUAUAAUGCACAUUCGCUUUGCUCAAUUAUCGAUCCUACAUGGCAACCAGAUAGACGAAGUCAUGCAAUGAUUAAUUGCACAAAUCAGGAACAAUUGCUAAAUGAAAGGGAUAAAGUUUAUUGCAAAAAAAACUUUUAUAAAAAAAUUCUUCAGCUUAUUCAAGUUCAUUUUUUAUGGCAUCCAAUGAUACCUAUAAAAUGCCUGCCAAACUUGUUAAAUAUAAACCAAAUUUGGAUUAAAAGCAUUAAAGAACAAUAUACUUUUUGUUAUCAAAAUGAUCUUAAACAUGUUUGGGCCUAUUUAUGGUCUGAGUGGUACCACCCUGAAGCAUGGAAGUUAUGGGCUCGUGCAUCAAGUUCCCAACUUAAUAUUUUGCGAACUAUGAUGACUAUUAAAACAAUUGUCUAUAAUGAUGACCCUCAAGUUGAUAAUCAAGAAAUAUCGAUCGAAAUUAUUAAUUCAAAUGAAAAUCAAAAUGUCAGUAUAGUUAAUUUAGAUGAAAAUCAAGAUAUCGAUAUAGAUGUCAACAAUCAAGAUAUAAUCUUGUACCAGACCC